AUGGAGGCUGCUAGGGGUCUAGUGGUGGGUUCUCACAACAGGAACGAAGUUGUAGUCAUUUGUAACCAUGGAGAAUUAUGGGAGAAACCAAUAUGUGAGCAGUUAAAGGGGCAAGUGUGCAGCUUAUGUGGAGAUGAGGUUGGAGAGACAGAGGAGGGAGAGGUGUUUGUGGCGUGCAACGAGUGCGCAUUCCCUAUCUGCCGGGCGUGCUAUGAGUAUGAGCGCAGGGAAGGAGCCCAGCUCUGCCCUCAAUGCAAAACCAGGUUCAAACGCCUCAAGGGCUCUGCUAGAGUAGCUGGUGAUGACGAUGAGGAUGGCCUCGAUGACCUUCACAAUGAGUUCGCUUUCACAGACCAACAACCUCUGCUCACUCCCCAAAUGCCACAUUUUGAGCAUACUCCUCCUCCACUUCCAUGGACUGAUUCAAGCCUUGUAGCUGAAACUAAAUCCCCUGAUCCUUCAGAGGAUUUGGCGGUUUAUGGGAAUGGUAGAAUAGCAUGGAAGAAGCGGUUGGAGAGAUGGAAAUCGAGGCAACUUCAUUUACAUAGAACCAAUGACAAGGGUGAAAGCGAUGAUGGCAUUGGCAGCAGUGCAAAAGGAGUUGCAGAUUCACCCUUGAGGGAUGAAGGCAGACUUCCGUUAUCAAGAAAAUUGCCAAUUUCAGCGAGUCAACUUAAUCCUUAUAGGAUGAUUAUCAUCAUCCGCUGUAUAGUUCUUGGAUUCUUCUUCCAUUACCGGAUCUUGCAUCCCGUAAAUGAUGCUUAUACAGUGUGGCUUGUAUCGGUUAUCUGUGAAAUUUGGUUUGCGAUUUCAUGGAUUCUUGAUCAGUUCCCAAAAUGGCUGCCGGUCAACCGGGAAACCUUCCUGGACAGAUUGUCCUUAAGGUAUGAGAAUUCAAAGGAAGGUGAAGGUUCGGAACUGCCAUCAGUUGAUAUAUUUGUGAAUAGGGUGGAAGAAGCCCCAUUAGAGACGGCUAACACAAUAUUAUCAAUACUAGCUGUGGACUAUCCAGUUGAGAAGGUAUCAUGCUAUAUUUCUGAUGAUGGAGCUUCCAUGCUCACUUUCCAAGUCUUGUCAGAAACAUGCCACUUUGCUCGCAAAUGGGUUCCUUUCUGCAAGAAAUUUAACAUUGAGCCAAGGGCUCCUCACUCUUAUUUCUCCGAGAAGAUGGACUAUUUAAAGGACAAGGUCUUCCCUGAAUUUAUUAAGGAAAGACGAUCUAUCAAGAGGGAGUACGAGGAAUUCAAAGUUGGGAUAAAUGCUUUAGUUUCUAAAUCACAAAAGGUUCCUGAUGAAGGCUGGAAAAUGCAAGAUGGGACACCAUGGCCUGGAAAUAAUGCCCGAGAUCAUCCUGGAAUGAUCCAGGUAUUCCUAGGCGAAAUUGGUGGAGAUGGCAUCAAGGGAAAUAAUUUACCAUGUUUAGUAUAUGUGUCUAGGGAGAGAAGGCCUGACUUUGAUCACCACAAAAGGGCAGGUGCAAUGAAUGCACUGCUUCGCGUCUCAGGUGUUCUGAGGAAUGCCCCAUACAUCUUGAAUCUGGAUUGCGGUCAUUACAUAAACAAUAGCAAGGUUCUUAGAGAAGCAAUGUGUUUCAUGAUGACUGGUAAAAGAGUUUGCUAUGUGCAAUUUCCUCAGAUGCUUGAUGGACAUGAUUAUUCCAAUAGAGACACUGUGUUUUUUAACAUCAACAUGAAAGGGCUGGACGGGAUACAAGGGCCGACGUACAUGGGGAGUGGAUGCGUGUUUAGGAGAUUUGCAUUUUACGGUUCCAAGAGGCAUGGGACUUGCAACUGCUGGCCUCACAACUGGUACUGUCACACUUGUCUUUCUCCAAGAAAGAAAAACAAGCUUCAAAUUUCAACUACCAAGAGGCCUGCAUUUGAAGAUGGAACGAUUCAAGUGCUUGAAAGUGAGAGAUCAAUGGAGCAUAAACUAGAGAACAAAUUUGGGCAGUCUCCAAUAUUCAUUGCAUCAACACUUGUUGAAGAGGGAGGAACUGUAGAAAGUGUAGGAAGCUCUACAUCUUUAUUGAGUGAAGCCAUUCAUGUGAUUGGAUGUGGAUAUGAAGAGAAGACAGAUUGGGGAAAAGAGGUUGGAUGGAUGUAUGGUUCUAGUAGAGCAAAAGAUAUGUUGACAGGAUAUAAAAUGCAGUGCCGCGGAUGGCGAUCCAUCUAUUGUGUUCCUCGGAGACAAGCAUUCAAAGGUCCGGUAGUAAGCAGUGGUCUGCAUCAAGCAUUGUGUCAUGCAUUUGGUUCAGUUGAGAUCUUUUUAAGUAGGCAGUGUCCACUAUGGUAUGGGUAUGGAGGUGGUCUCAAAUGGCUCCAGCGCUUCUCCUAUAUCAAUGCGACGAUAUACCCAUUCACAUCAAUUCCAUUACUGGCUUACUGCACUCUACCUGCCGUGUGCUUACUCACCGAGAAAUUCAUAACUCCCGAGGUCGACAAUGUUGGGAGUAUGCUGUUUUUGUCACUGUUUAUGUGUGUUUUUGCAACAUGCAUGUUGGAGAUGAGGUGGAGUGGAGUUGGGUUUGGCGAGUGGUGGAGGAAUGAGCAGUUUUGGAUGAUGGGAGGUGUUUCUUGCCACCUCUUUGGUGUGUUUCAGGGAUUGUUGAAAGUUGUGGCGGGAAUAGAAAUAGAGACGAUUGGUGUUGAUAUGGUGCUGCUGAUUCCCCCAACUACGCUUUUAGUAGUAAACGUGAUUGGAGUUGUUGGUGGAAUUUCGGUUGCUUUUAGCAAGAGUUACGAGUCGUUGGGGCCUGUGUUGGGGCGAUUGGUGUUUGCUUUGUGGGUGAUAGCGCAUCUUUAUCCUUUCCUCAAGGGGCGUGGGCGUGAGCGUGGACGUGUCAGCACCAUCGUUCUACUAUGGUCCAUACUAGUAGGCUCUAUAUUCUCCUUGCUUUGGGUACGAAUUGACCCAUUCAUGCCCAACCCAGAUGCCCCUUCGCUCCAAGAAUGUGGUUUGGACUGCGUUUGAAUCUUACAUUGCCUUCACAUCCAAAUUUUACUUGGCUCAAUUUUAUUAGGAACUUAAUCACUAGAGUCUAUGGGACUUCUUUUUUUGUGCAACUAAGUUUGCAGGCAUGAAUUUUACCAAAAUCUUCACUAUGACUACCUUUGUUAAUCUCUGCAAAAGUUACCUUAAAAUUUAUCUUCAUCCAAAAUAAAUUAAACGGCACAUCAAAGCCUUCUUCUAUC